AUGGGAGAAGCCGCUGCUUUUAAGGUCAUUGUUAUACAUGGAGGUUAUGAGGGAACCCUUAUACUUAUGCAUUUAAGUUUACAAGAUUUCAGAGAGAGAUUCAUGCUCAUGGAACUGAGUAUCGCUAAAUUUUUAGCAGAAUUUCGACCAAAUAGCGAAUCACAAGAUAAUAGUAGUUUUAUGGAUGUUGAUGGUGUUGAUAUAAGCCCAAAUCCAUAUCAACUUGAAGACAGUUUACUCGAAAGAAUUCAAACAAAUAUAAGAAGAUAUCAUGAUAUAUUUCAAGAUGAGAUUGAUAAAUUGUUACCAGCUCCUACAAAAGAAAUAGAUUAUGAAAGUGAUGUAAUAGAUGUUAUUAUGCAACACAGAAGAGAUAAAGAUGAACAAAAUUUACCUGAAGAUCCAAUUCGUGAAGUGAGUGGUAAAUAUGUUGGUCAUCUGGUGACAGUUCAGGGUAUGAUCAUUCGUGUCAAUGAUGUCAAGCCAUUUUUGUUGGUUGCUGGUUAUUCAUGUGAAAUGUGUGGUAAUGAAGUAUUUCAAGAAGUAACAAAAAAGGCUUAUACUCCACUUGUUGACUGUCCAACGGAAAAAUGCAAAAAGAAUAGAAUAAGGGGGAGAUUGUUAAUGCAGACUAAAUCUUGUAAAUUUUUACCUUUUCAAGAGGUAAAAAUGCAAGAAAUGACUGAACAAGUACCUGUUGGUCAUAUCCCCCGUACAAUGACUAUAUUAUUAUAUGGAGAAGUAACGCGUUCAAUGAAUCCCGGUGAUGUGGUAAAUGUUUCAGGAAUAUUUCAAGCGACACCACAUAAAGGAUACAAAGGUAGUACUAGUCUUUUGACUGAUGUCUAUCUAGAAGGUCAAUACGUUAAUCAACUUAAAAAACAAUACGAUAAAAUGGAAAAAACACCAGAAGUUGAAGAAAAAUUAAUGGGAUUACGUGGAGAUCCUUUAAUUUAUGAAAAAUUAUCAAGUAGUAUUGCGCCUGAAAUUUAUGGUCAUGGUGAUGUGAAGAAAGCUUUAUUGUUGUUACUUAUUGGCGGUGUUACUAAAAACACGAGUGAUGGAAUGAAAAUUCGUGGUGACCUGAAUAUAUGCUUGAUGGGCGAUCCCGGCGUUGCAAAGUCUCAAUUACUUAAAUAUAUAUGUAAAGUUGCUCCAAGAGGUGUAUAUACAACUGGUCGUGGUAGUUCUGGUGUUGGUUUGACUGCAUCAAUUAAUCGGGAUCCAACAACUGAUGAAAUGAUUCUUGAGGGUGGUGCUCUGGUGCUUGCUGACAAUGGUAUUUGUUGUAUUGAUGAAUUUGAUAAGAUGGAUGACACUGAUCGAACAGCCAUACAUGAAGUUAUGGAACAACAAACGAUUAGCAUAAGUAAAGCUGGCAUCACAACAACCUUGAAUGCACGUACAUCAAUUUUAGCAGCUGCAAAUCCACUUUAUGGUCGUUACAAUCCUAGGGUUUCGCCCGCUCAUAACAUCAAUUUACCAGCAGCUCUUUUGUCAAGAUUUGAUGUUAUGUUUUUAAUUCUAGAUAGACCAAAUCUGGAUGAAGAUACUAAAUUAGCACAGCAUGUUGCUUAUGUUCAUUCAUUUGGUAAACAUCCAGUAAUGCAAACUGAAGUAGUGGAAGCUCAAAUGAUUAGACACUAUAUUGCUGAAGCAAGAAAUUGUCGUCCAACUAUUCCACCACCUGUUGGUUGGUAUAUGGUUGAUACAUAUAAACGACUUCGUCAAGAUCAAGCCGGUGGUGAUUUCAAAAAAAAGGAAUUUACUUUUACAAGUGCUCGUACCUUGCUAGCAAUGGUUCGAUUAGCACAAGCACGAGCACGCCUAGGGUUAAGAGAAGAGGUUAGUCAAGAUGAUGUCGAUGAAGCAUUGAGAUUAAUAUAUGUAUCUAAAGAAUCAUUAAAGGAUCCAGACACAAACAAUGACAAUUUUGAUAGAUCACCUACUUCUAUAAUUUAUGGAAUUAUAAAAACAAUAAUAGCUAGAGAACGAUUAGUACUGGAAAAUCAUGGUGGAUUAUCAAUUGAUUAUUUGACUAUUAAACAAAGAGUUUUGGCAAAAGGUUAUACAGAAGAUCAGUUAUUAGAGUGCAUUCAAAAUUAUCAAGAACUUGCAGUUUGGACAUUGAGUAGGGAUCGAGACACAUUAACAAUACUUAGUGUCUGA